GCAGUCAGGGAGAAAGGACGUACGCGCUUAACCUCCCUCAGUUCCUCAGUGACUUCGCCUUCUUACUCUCCCUUACCUCUCCCUUCACCCUUACCCUGAACACACUAGGGACAAACACACCCCGGAACCUCCCUUUACCUGUGUGUUAGUGCGAGACAGGUGUACCAUGUGAGGGAGAGGUGCACUUGUAACCGAAGCACAUGGGAAGGUGUUUGUGGUGGUGGUGGUGAUAGUGGUGGUGAUGGUGGUGUUGGUGUACGGUCGAGAAUAAUGUUACUCAAGAAAGCCACUCCCCCGCUCGAGCCCCCGUCAGUAGUGGGGGUUGGUAGUGGUAAGAGGGACUCCCAUCUUGCUACUGCUUCUACUGCUAGGGAGAGGAAAAUGCAUCACGGACACAGCGAGGACGUGCGGCAGAGCCUGGACGUGCUGGACCGCAUCCUGUCAGAGUUCGAUGACGUGGAGACGGACACCACCGAGGACGGCGCCGCCAGCGACGCCGCCCCCGAGCCUGCCCCCUCCCCGCCGCCCCCCGUGGACCGCUCCCUAAAGCCCCGCGAGGCGGCCCCGGAGCUCCCCCGCAAGACCCGCGCGCCGCCCCGCGGCUCCGGCAGCUCGUCGCCCUCCAGCCACGAGUACCAGGAGAUCAGCCCCGACGUGGGCGGCUCCGCGCCGCCCCCGCCCCCCUCACCCCCCGAGGCGCCAACCCCCCGCAGCCCCCCCGCCGCACGCACGCCCCGCCGCCAGACCUCUGAGGACAGGGCGCGCGGGCGCCGGCAUGACGAUGACGGGCGCCGCCAGCCACGGCGGCAGCGCAGUGAGGACGCGCGGCUGCGACGGGACGACAUGUCCUCCAGCUCAGGCGACCUGGCGGCCCCCGAGGCGCGGCGCGCCCCCAGGGACGGCAGCCGCGGCAGGUCGCGAGAGAGUGCGCGGGGCGGCGGUGGCCGCGAGGCGCGCCACCUCCGCAAAAGCCGCUCCGGCGAGGUGGAGGCGCGGCGGCCCGGCCAGCAGGAGGCACGGCGGCGACGCUCCCGCUCCUCGGACCGCUGGCUGGACGCGCCGCCCCACGACGCCGCGCUGCUGGAGCGGCGCCUGUACGAGGCGGGGCCCUACGACCCCCGCCUGCUGGACCCACGCUACGUCGACCCCCGCCUGCUGGACCCGCGCCUGCUGGACCCCCGGUACGGCGACGAGCCCUACCCCUUCCCGCACCCCCACGAUCCCGUCCGCUUCCCGCACCUGAUGCACUACCCGCCCCUGCUGCCCGGCGGGCCCGCCCCCCCUGUGCCCCCUGGCCACCCCGCGGGGCCGCCCUACCUGCCCCUCGACUACCCGCCCUACCGCCUCGGCCACUACGACCUGGCCUACCCCGGAGACCCCCUGUUGCUGCCCUUCAUGGCCCCCCCGGGUCCCUACCCCCCCGAGCCGCCGCCCCCGGACUACCUCCACCCCGCGGACUGCCUCCCCCCCCACUACCUGCCCUACCCCCCGCCGCCUCCCGCCAUGCCCCCCGCGCUCUGGGGUCCCGUCCCCCACAUGCCGCCCGAGGACUGGCCGCCCCCCUCCCCCGAGGAGGCCCAGCAGCUCAUCCACAGCGUCGUGAGGAACCCAGUGAUUGGAGGAUUCGAAGAAGAGGAAGAGGAGGGAAGAGGAGGAGGAGAGGGAGAGGCGUUCUUCCACCCCGGCCUGAGGCCGGCCGGACGACGCCUCACCUCCAUCGGCCACUCCGACAGCUCCGGCCUCUCGUCCCCCAGCGAGGAGCGGCGACACUCCGGGAGGCGCGGCUGGUGGGGCGGAGGGAGGGAAGGAGGAGGAGGACACCAGCUGGAGGCGCCGUCGGAGUUCCGCGUGGGUGAGGCCGUGCGGGGCGCCAGUCCACGGGGCCCCAUCAAAGGCUCCACGUCCCUACCUCACUUCUCCUCAGGGAAGGACAGCGGCUUCGAGGAGGCGCCGUUGGCUGUCGAGGACGGCUCGGCGCCGGGCGGCGGCCGGAACAGUCGUGCCGGCGGCAGCGGCGGCGCUUUCAUCGUGUCUGGCGUGUUCAACGACUCGUCGCGGAUGUUCAUCCCGGCACCGCCGUCGCCGACGCCGGACUACGACGACGACGACGGCGCCAGCGACGGCAACGAGAGCGACAUCCUGCAGGGGUCGCAGUUCUACGUGGUGAGCACCGAGGACGCGCCGCCCAACGUGGCCAAGAAGAAGCUGGCCAACCGCGACUCCCUGAGCGACGACAGCCUGCAGAACGCCCCCGCCGGGGACAAGUCUUCCAAGGCCUCCACGCCCACCAAGGGCCAGCCGUCCACGCCGCUGCAGACCCUCAUGAAGGAGUUCCACCGCGGGCUGCCGCCCCUCGACCACGAGAAUGGCUUCUCCGAUGACUCCCUUGAGGACUCCACCACGGCGCCCUCCACCACCGCACCCUCGGGCUCCGCGCCGCCUGGCUCGCGCCCCGCCCGGCACACCUCCGAGGAGUCCCUGGCGUCCUUGGAAGGUUCCACCGCCUCAUUCGACUACAUGAACCCUGGCGAGGCACACAGCUCCCUGUACGACAAGGGGCGGCCGGCGGCGGGCGAAGCGGCGCGGCGGCCGGGUAAUGACAAGGAGCGGAAGGAUGUGAAUGGGAAGGUGAAGAAGAGCAUUGUGACGACGCCCGAGAAGGUCAGUGGCCCCGGGCGGGGCAGUGCCAGGGCUGACAGUGCUGACUCCGGCAGUAUCAGCAGGCAGAGCUCACGGGAGAGCUCACACAGCUCAGGCUCGGGAGGCUCCCGGCCGCUGGAGAAGUUUGAGGCCAUCAAGCACCUGCUGAAGGAGGGGCUCAUUGAGGGCCUGGAUGAGGCGCCGCCAGAGUUCAAGCCGCCCCCUCCGCCGCCCAGUCGCCGCCUGGAGGAUCGGGCGGACAGUGGCCUUGGCACCAAGAUGGACGAGAGCGACCGCUCAGACCUGUCAGGCACGCCGCCCUCCCUCACCUCCCCGCUGGGGGCUGAGCUGCGCCGCAGCACACCAGCCAAGAAGGAGAAGGACACCGUGCGGAGCUUUGCGUCCAUCGCCUCAGAGGACGCGGAGAAGAACAGGGACGAGGGCGACGAGGUGGAGGUCCAGAUGCAGGAGACCGUGGAGGUGCCGCCCACGCCGCCGCCGCGCGACGAGUCCAUGCACUGGACGCCGCGUGUGCCUGGCGGCGGUGCCCGGGCCGCCCGCUCCGUGCCCUCCACACCCUGCGCCACCAAGGUCACGGCGGCGUGGCACCAGCCACUGGAGACGCCGCCACCACUGCCGCAGCGGCCGCCAGAGCGCCUGCCCCACACGGAGGACAUGUACGGCCAGCGUGACGCGGCAGACAGCAGUGGCAGCGAGGUGAGCAGCGCCGUCAAUGGGUCACUGGCCAGCCACUACAGCGGCAGCCAUGACGCCGACAACCCCCUCACCGACCGGGAGUUCUUGGAGAACCUGAAGAACCUGGAGCCCCGGCCACGCCCCGACACCCUGGCCGUGAUCAGUGAGGGGCAGGGCAGCCUGGGCUCCCGCAGCAGCCGCUCCGGCAGACUACUGUCCAGGUUGGCCGACUCCGUCCGCAGCGGCAGCAGGACGCCCACGCCCUCCUCCUCCUCCUCCGCGUCCUCCACCCGCGCCACCACCACCAAGCUCACCUCCACCUCGCGCUCCUCCACGCGCAUCCACGGCGACAUCAUCCGGGAGCCGCGCCGCACCUCGCUGCGGGAGAAUGCACUGCCAUCUCCGCAGGAGUACACGCCCUUCCCCUCCUUCAGCCCCUCCAUCGUGCCGCUCACCCGCGACGGCUCCGGCCGCUUCAGGAGCAUCGAGGAUCUGGCGGAGGCGGCCUCCACGCCGCCGCCGGACCCAGUGCUGGCGGGCAAGAAGAAGAAACAUUCCACACUGCCACCCAACCUGACGCCGGCGGACAUCAAGAAGGAGAACAAGGAGCUGCGACGCGCCACCUCCCUCAUGGUGGGCAAGAAGAACAAAGACGGCAGCGAGGGUUCCAAAUUCCGGUUCAACAUCUUCCGCGGGUUCUGGCGCCGGAAACAGUACUCCUUCGACAAUAAGGUAUAGAACCGCGCGAGGAGGAGACCAGGAAGAAGAAGAAGAAGAACCAACAGCAACCCACCACACACCUGACUGGUCCGAGCCACAAGACGGUAUCGAACUGGUAUACUCUAUAUCGAACCAGUCAACCAGUCAGCCAGCCAAACCAAGUCAAGCCAUGUCGUGUAGGAAAACAGGAAGAAGAAAAAGAAGAAGCAGAAAAAAACAAUAGCACCUGACUACUCCGACCCAUAAGACGGUAUCGAACUGAUACCCUCAAAAUCGAACCAGUCAUCCAGUCAGCCAGCCAAACCAGGUCAAGCCAUGUCGUGUAGGAGAACAGGAAAAAGAAAAAGAAGAAGCAGAAAAAAGGCAAUAGCACCUGACUAGUCCGAGCCAUAUGACGGUAUCGAACUGGUACCCUCAAAAUCGAACCAGUCAGGCACGCCAAGCCAGCCAUUCCCCCAGCCACCACUACCACCACCACCAAGACAGGAGAAAGGGGCCGCGAGCUGGACGAUGGACAGUGGAAAGUCUCCGUGUACUCGAUUACCAUCCGCCACUGACCGAGAUCCAGGCAGGCAGACCGGCAGCUGUGUGGAUGCGCCGACGUGGGCGAGAGGGAUAUCAUUAGUCAGUGUGCUCGUCGUGUUUGUGGUCACUGAGGAGUUGUGGAGAUCCUGUUUUGGGGUUAGCGAGGGAGAGAAGAACGUUUAUUAGAUCCACGUACUUACUCAUCGCCCUUGGAAGUGUUUGAUGAUGCUAAGGUGAUCGGAUUUGGGUGUGCUUGUGGUCAGUAAGGAUCGGUAUAAUAUAACGCUGCACUGUUGAGGUUUGGGUUAGCAAGGGAGAAAAGAAGGUCAGCUUAUAGAUUCACGUUCUCAUCACCCUUGGAAGUGCUGGAACGUACUAAUAAGAAAUGCAAGGAUGUCUUCUGUUUCGGGGUGUUUGUGGUCAGUAAGGAUCGGUAUAAUAUAAGACUGCACUGUUGAGGUUUGGGUUAGCAAGGGAGAAAAGGUCAGCUUAUAGAUCCACGUUCCCAUCACCCUUGAAAGUGCUGGAACGUACUAAUAAGGAAUGCAAGGAUGUCUUCUGUUUCUUGGUGUUUGUGGUCAGUAAGGAUCGGUGAGAGGGUGCACCGUUGAGGUUUCGAUUAGCAAGGGAACGAAGAAAGGAAAGUUAAGAUCUACGUACUCACCGCCCUUGGAAAAGACUUUCAAGGAAUGCAAGGAUAUCAGUUCUGGGUGUGAUUGUGGUCAGUAAGGAUCGACAAUAAAAGGCUACUUUGUUGAGGUUUGUAUUAGCAAGGGAACGAAGAAAGGAAAGUUGAGAUCUCCGUACUCAUCGCCCUUGGAAAAAGACUCAUAAGGAAUGCAAUAGAAUCAGUGUGGGUCUGUUUGUGGUCUAAGGAUCGCUGUUUAAGAUGCUGGUGUCUGUCAAGUCGGGAGGGAGAAAAGGAAAGUCUACAUCAAUGGACUCACCGCCCUUGGAUAAUACCUCUAAGGAAUGCGAGCGAAUCAAUGAUAGGUCUGUCUUGGGUCAGUACGAAUCGGUAGAAUGUCAAGAGGUUUGUUUAAUUCAGCGAAGGAAGGAAGAAAAGAAAAUCUAUGUACUCUUCGCCCAUGGUUAAUACUGCUAAGGAAUGCCACAUAAUCAAUCAGUGCGGUCUAUUUGUGGUCUAAGGAUCGCUAUUUAAGAUGCUGGAAUGUUAAGUCGAGGUUAAGUUUAGCAAAGGAAGAAAGAAAAGAAAAUCUAGAUCAAUGUACUCAUCGCCCUUGGUUAAUACUUCUAAGAAAUGCCACAUAAUCAAUCAAUCUGGGUCUCCUUGUGGUCCAAGUAUCGCUAUUCAAGAUGCCGGAAUAUCAAGUCGAGGUUUAGUUCAGCGAGAUCAAUAUUAUCCUCUCCCAUGCUUAAUACUUCUAAGGAAUGACACAUAAUCAAUCAAUCUGGGUCUUCUUGUGGUCUAAGGAUCGCUGAUUAAGAUGCUGGAAUAUCAAGUCGAGGUUUAGUCCAGCGAGGGAAGGAGAAAAG